AGAGAUGGGGAGGGUGUGUACGAGAUCGUCAGUUAGUUGACUUCUUUCCUGUUCUCUCAUUCACAAGUCUGUGUUCCUUCAGCUCUGCACACACACAUUCACGCAGUGAUGGCAGGUCGUACUGCUCCCGUACCCGAUCUAGACCCCACGGAGCAUGAACAGAUGAUGGAGUAUUUCACACAACAAGUACAGCUCCUUCAAGAGAAAGCAAGGUUGCAGGCAUCAGUCAGAGAGGAGAAGAAGCUGCUCGUAGAAAACGCAAAGCUAAAGAAAGACAUAGACAGUCUGAAGAGGGAACUGCAAGAAACUCAGAGAAGAAAAGCCAUGAAGCUCCAUCAGGAGAAGGUCCUGACUGCUUCGGUUGCUGCUAUGAAGGCUGCUGUCACGGAUGUCUCUGUGUCCUGUCCUCCGACGGGCCCCUACGACCCUUCUACUGGCCCCAGAGCUCAGAGCAUCACACACUCACACAGCGAGGGAAGGAGGCGGAGAGACAGGAGAGGGGCUGGAGGGGAGUCGGCCAGGGCCAGUGAACUAGGUACUAGAGUGGGUUCUGGACUAGGUACUAGAGUGGGUUCUGGACUCGGUACUAGAGUGGGUUCUGGGCCACGAUGUGCACUGGAGCAAGACACCAAACCCGACGUGUCGCGUCUGGACCUGCGGAUUGGCCGGAUCCUGGCGGUUCGGAAGCACCCGGAAUCAGAAUCUCUAAACGUCCAGGAGGUGGAUGUUGGAGAGCCCACCCCCAGGACUGUCGUCACUGGGCUGGCCAAUCACGUCCUUCCAGAGCAGUUGCAGGACAGUCUGGCCGUGCUCCUGUGUAAUGUAAGGUUAGUGAAAGUGCGUGGGGUCCAGUCUCAAGCCCGGGUGCUGUGUGCUGUCAAUCAAACCAAGAUGGAGCCUUUAGCUCCGCCCCCCGGAGCCCAACCUGGAGACAGGGUCACCUUCCAGAACUACCCAGGUGAAGCAGAGCGAGAACUCAACCCCAAGCAGCGUGUUUGGGAACGCCUACUGCCCGACUUGCACACAGACAGCAGGGGUGUGGCCACUUAUAGGGGUGUGGCUUUCGAGGUGAGGGGGAAGGGCCUCUGCCGAGCCCCUACAAUCAUCGAUGGAGGCAUCAAGUAGAAGAGGAGUAGUUUCCGUCAUCCAGGACCUGUGCCGGGUUCUGUGCCCAAAACCAUCAGGGUCCAGAACCGGUACCAAAUCAAACAACUGAACUAUACUAAUACACACAAUAAAAUGCAAAAAAUAUUGCUUCAAAAGUU